GCCCUGUAUCGCAAUCAGAAGUAUGGCCGCAAGAAAGAGGCUUCUAGAUGGUUGCUCCUGAAAUCCUCACCUGGAAUGACGCCUUCUUCCUCCGACUCCUCCGCUGGCUCUGGAGCCAUGCCUUCCGCCGUCGACUCCUCUCCUACAAUGCCUUCCUCCUCCGGCUCACCUCCUUCCACUCCCGAUUUCUCCGACUCCAUUCCUUUCACGCCUUCCUCCGUCGACUCCUCGCAAGGAUCUUCUGCUGGAGCUCGACUGGUUCUCCUAAAUGCCCUUCCGAUUGUGUCAGCGACAUCUGUGGCUCUCGUUGCUGGUGUGCUGUUCGUUGUCUGCCGGCGGCAGAGAGACGACAAGACCUCGCCGUCGUUGUCGUCGGCUAAGGUCCACGUGUUCAAGGUCUCGCAGUCAUCGUCGUCUUACAAUGGCAUGCCCCUGAUCCUCAGUGCGAACACUGUGACAGACUUCCGUCUCUGUGACCUUCAACGGUGCACUAACAACUUCGAUUCGAGGUAUCGGAUUGGAUAUAGGGGCGCGUGUUACACCGUUUACAGGGGCCAGAUCGACAGCACGGAUCUGGCAAUCAAGGUUAUGGAGGAGACACAUCCACUACGAGAAACGAUACGGAGACAGUUUCUGGCGGAGGUGACCACUCUGAGCCGCGUGCACCACCCGAAUCUUCUCAAGGCCGUGGGCUACUGUGGCGAGGGGGACAAGUGUAUACUGAUCGCACACGCUCUGGAGUAUCUGCAUUACGGCACCUAUCCUCCGCUGAUCCAUGGGAGCUUAAGCAGCUACUGUGUUCUUUUGUCGGUUGGCGCUGAAGAGGAACUGCGUGCUGUUGUCACCGAUUUCGGCAUUGGCACCCUCUACCGGGAACUCGUACACUCGAGGGAGUUCGGCACGUGCGACGACACCGCGCCGGAGUACAGCAGCACGGGUGGUUACCUUGCGCAGAAGUACAGCACCACGUGCGACGACCAUGCGACGGAGUACAGCAGCACGGGUGGUUACCUCGCGCCGGAGUACCUUACGCGGGGGAUGUAUACCCCAAAGAACGACGUGUACGGUUUUGGAGUAAUGCUUCUCGAGCUAUUGACAGGUAAGCCGGUGAUAAGGCCAGCAUCCGGGGAUCAUCGAGAAGUGCUACGUUGCUGGGUGGAACAGUCUUACACUGACACGAGCUCGGACCUGAUGCAAUCGUUCGUUGACCCCUACCUGCGAGACGAAGUUGGGAGCAGUACCGCCCUCAUGAACACGGUGGCGAAGGCAGCCUCGUUGGCGAUGGAGUGUACCACGGUGGAGACCAGGGAGAGGCCGACGAUGAUGUUCACAGUCGUUCGAAGAUUGAGGGAGGUGUCUCAGGUGAUGCCCGAGGUCAAGAAAGGGAGAUUCGAAACGAGCGGGAAUGGCACCUGAUCUUCUUGCGAUUAUCCCAUCGUAGAUGGCACACUGCG